AGUCGUCUGGCUGUUCGUGGCAUUUACCUACUAUUAGUUUACAACUAGUGCACGUUUGCAGGAUCCACAAACAACACGUUCCACUUAAUUAUUAAAUUUAUAAAAUUAUUUUUUUUAUUUUAUUUAUUUUUAAUUUUUUUUUUUUUUUUCAUAAAAUUAUAUUUGUUUAUAAUUAAUUUGAAUUAUAAUUAUUAUUUUUUGUUUAAAGACAUUAACGUGCCUGUAAUUGGAUUUGUGAAUAAUUGAUAAAUUUGAUAUUAUUUUUGUUGUUUUUUAUAUAACAAUAAGUGAUAAGUACUGUGUCAAUGGAUAUAGUGAAUAUAUAAAUUAUAUAUUAUUUAAAAUGAACUAGAUGAAUGUAAUAAUUGAGUGAUUUAUAUAACAAGUGAAUUAAUUAGAAUAUAUUUAUAAUAAUAAAUUUUAAGUGAUGGAGUCACAACAGAUUGUUGAGACAUCAUCGCAAAAUAGCCAAGAUUUGGUGAUACCAAAACCGGCAAAUAGCAUACCGAGACACAGUAUUGAUGCCAUAUUGGGUCGUGGACAAAAAAGAAAACAUCAAGAUAUGGAAGAAACAACGAGGGAUCCACAAGAAAGCACUGGUGAAAAUAGUUGCAAUUCAACGGGUGGUGGAAGUGAUGAGGAACUUAUUAAUUCACAAUGUGAUGAUGGUAUAAUAUCAGAUGGUAAUAAUAGUAAGAAAAAACAUCGACGUAAUAGAACGACAUUUACAACUUAUCAACUUCAUGAACUUGAACGAGCAUUUGAAAAAUCACAUUAUCCAGAUGUAUAUUCACGGGAGGAGCUUGCAAUGAAAGUCAAUUUACCAGAAGUUCGUGUACAGGUAUGGUUUCAAAAUAGAAGAGCUAAGUGGCGUAGACAAGAAAAAAUGGAAGCUGCAAGAAUGGGAAUAACAGAUUAUCAUCAUUCAGCUGGUAUGAGAAAUGUUGGAGCACCAGCACUAGGUCUUCCUGGUGAUCCUUGGUUAACACCACCUGGUUUAUUAAGUGCACUUCCUGGUUUUUUAGCAGCACCACAUACAGGCUAUCCAAGUUACUUGACGUCGCCAAGAAGACUACCAUCACCACCAAAUAUAUCAUCAGUUGGAAAUAGAAUACCAGUUGGUAUAUUUUUUCCGUAGGUACAAGUGGACAUGUUCAACCAUCACCAAGUCCACCUGAUACACAUGGAGAUCCACGUACAUCUAGCAUUCAAGCAUUGAGAAUGAGAGCUAAAGAACACGUUGAAAGUCUCACCAAAGGUCUUCAAAUGGUUUGAAAUUUGGAGACUGCCGGUAUCAUUGAUAGUCGGCCGUGUUUUAGUAACAAUAAAACAAAUGACAAUUAAAAAUUUUAUUGUUUUACAUAUUACAUAUUUAAAAGACAAAUUAAUUUUCAUUUAUUUUAUAUAUAUAUAAUAAUCAGUUGUGUAUAAAAUCAAACGGCUGUUUUAUUUUACAGUCGAAAAUUGUGCAAUGUGCAAUAAACAAGACACAAUUUUAAAAUAAAAAUUAUAAAAGCCACAAACUGAUUGAUAAAUCAACAUUUAAAUUAAAAGAUAACUAAAAGUGAAAUGAAAAAUUAAAAUAAAUAAUUAAUUUUAAGUUAUAAAUGCAUAUGUAGGAUAAUUAUUGAAAAGAGAUAUUAUAUACUGAUAAAUAAUUAACAUAAACAUGAAAAAAAAAUUAAUUAAUUUAACAUGAGAUUUCGACCAAAAAGAAAUCACGUAAAAUAAAAAUUAAAAAAAAAUAUAUGGCAAAAUAGCCAAAAGAAGAAAAGAAAAAAAAUUAAAAAAAAAAAAAAAAUUAUAUUGACACAAACAAUAUCAUGCAGUAUUAAUAAGUCAUAAGCCGACAAAUAAUAUUCAUAAAUUGUCUAUGAAUUUCUACCGUAAAUUCUUAACCUGUAGUAUCUCAAAAAAAAAAAAGUUAAAUUUUUAAAUUUUUAAAAAAUCCAUCAAGUCAUUAUUCAUUUAUUUUUUUGAUUUAUGUAAAUUGUUAUUAUGAAGCUGAUAUUAAAUUAAAAUAAUAUGAUGUUUGACAAAGGUAAAA